UCUUCUCGUAUCAGCUUCAUCAACCAUCAACAACCAGUCAUCACCGUACUUUCAAACCGCUUUUUCGCAGCAUCAGUCAAUUCCGAUAUUAUUUACGAUUCACUUAACCUUUCAUAAACCAUCAAGAUGACUGGAGGCGGCAAAUCUGGCGGGAAGGCUAGCGGUUCUAAGAACGCGCAAUCGCGAUCUUCCAAGGCCGGUCUAGCAUUCCCUGUCGGUCGUGUUCACCGACUUCUCCGCAAGGGUAACUAUGCCCAGCGCGUAGGUGCUGGUGCGCCUGUUUACCUCGCCGCUGUCCUCGAGUAUCUUGCUGCCGAAAUUCUCGAGUUGGCUGGCAACGCUGCACGUGAUAACAAGAAGACCCGUAUCAUUCCCCGCCAUCUUCAAUUGGCCAUCCGAAACGAUGAGGAGUUGAACAAGCUCCUUGGCCAUGUCACCAUUGCCCAGGGUGGUGUUCUACCCAACAUUCAUCAGAACCUACUUCCCAAGAAGACCGGAAAGCCCGGCAAGAACGCCAGCCAAGAGCUGUAAAUGGGGUAACUUUCUGUUUUCUGGUUGGUCGUUUGGGACGUUUCAUGAACCACGGGGUCACGGCUGGGCAAGGUUUGCUUUUUUCCACGCGUUUAGGGUUGUACAUUAAAGGCAUAAUCCAUUGAGCACUGCUCUGAAUGAGCAAUGGGCAUGAAUGAUAACACUUUCUAAA